UGUGGUUCUCAUUCGGCUUUAGCCUGAACUUCAUGUGCCAAACUCCUUACCGACGAGUCUUCACAGACCAUUUGACAGUUUGCUCGGCGGACAACACGAGAAAAAGAAAUGCUCGGCGGUUUCAAAGUUAACCCGAGUUUCAGAGAAACGGUCACCAAAAGUCGUCGGUUUCUCUCCCGCUGAGCUCGAGUCUAGCUAACGUUAAGACCGACCAAGAAACAACUUCUGCCCGAGCGGCAGCCACUGUUGGGGUGGGGAGACGACGACGGAGCUCCGCGGUGAAAGAAGCGUUAAAAACAGCGGGUUUAACAUUUAAUAGAUUCAGAGUUUAGUUAUUUAUUUUAUCACAAUGCUCAAGCUUUGCCUACAGACAGCUCUUCGGUCGGCUGUACAUAAGUUACCGUCAGGACUGAGCCAGUCACCACCGGGGAGGCUGCCGGGGACUGGGCGACACACUCCGAGCUGCUGGAUGGGAACACACGGGAGAAACGAGCCGAGGGAGCCGCUUAACUCCCCGAAGGGAGCCAAAGACUUUAUCUACCGCCUCCAGUCGGCGGAGAGGACGUGUUUACUAAAGGAGCUGCAGAGUUUCGAGUCCAUAGCCAUCGCUCAAGAGAAGCUGGAGUCGUUGCCACCGACAGCAGCCCAGAUCAGAUAUGUUUUGUUCCACAACGCCAUCCCCUUUAUUGGAUUUGGUUUCCUUGAUAACGCCAUCAUGAUCGCAGCAGGAACACAGAUUGAACUUUCUAUCGGAGUCACCUUGGGGAUCUCCACCAUGGCUGCUGCAGCGCUGGGGAACCUAGUUUCAGAUUUGGCAGGUCUUGGUCUUGCAGGUUAUGUGGAGGCUCUGGCUUCCAAACUGGGGAUGCAGGGUCCAGAUCUGACGCCCAAACAGGUGGACAUGUGGCAGACCAGGCUCAGCUCUCACAUGGGUAAAGCCAUCGGAGUGUCCAUCGGCUGUAUUUUGGGGAUGUUCCCGCUGCUUUUCCUGAGUGACGAUGACGAGAAGGAGAAAGAAGCACAACCCUGCAGCGACACAGCGUCACACUCCUCUUAACAAGCCACUACAGCCACACCACACCGUCAUACCUACAGACUGGAUACUGCUGAUGUCAACUAAAAAAAGAAAAAGUAUUUACAGGGCUGGAUGUUUCUCUGUCCUCCUGCUCAGGCGGCGUUCACACUUCCUCACUCUCCAAACCCUCUCUGAAUCUGUUUGUGUUAGCUCCAUCACAACUUCAACUCUGUGGAGUUUCUUGUGAUGCACCGAGCUGUGUUGUUUUCACACUGUCUGCUACAUGACAUGCCAUCUGUUAACUCAAUAUGUCAGUUUAGUGGGGUCUCACUCAUUCAGAUUUAGCCAUUUUAGAUGCUGAUGAGGGAUCCUAUCAGUUUGGAUUCUAUUAUUGAGUCUUCUUAUUAAUCCUGUAGUUUCUGGAGUCAGUUAUAGACCUGUUUGAUAGAUUUUUGGUCAUUUAAAGUGAGACUAUGUAACUUUGCUGAACAGCAACUGAUCUAGCAACAGAUACAAUCCCAAGAUUCUCUUGAGUCAGCUGCUUUAAAGACAUCAUUAUUAGACUACAUGUGUACUGGUCAGACGUAUUCACUUUCUGUUAUGUUUGUCCGUGACGUCUUGAUAAGCAUAAGCCCUUUUUACACAGAGAUUGCAUAAUAGAGCUGCUACAAAGUCCCAUCUUCAUGCUGCCUUUGCAUUUUACACAGAACCAAAUGAUGGUGACAUCAUUCCACUCCAGUGUGUGAUUUUAGAUAGCAUGCCAGCGUCGCAGAAACAAAAGAAAUGUGACAUGUGACACAACAGCAUCGACUUCUAGUGUAACAUACAACAUACACAUUUGUGGCACUUUAUAAACACUUUCAAUGGCAUUACAUGGCAGUAACAGUGAUUUACUGUCCCUGUUAUAUGGCGGCAGAUCUCGUCCUCUUCUCUGAGGUUAACGAGCUCCCCCACCUCAUUGUUUUCCAAAUUUGCAUUUACUUUCAGUUCUUCUUCUUUGGGUAAGCUGCUAACUGCUAUCAGCUACUUUUUAAAUUUCCCAUGGUGGGUCACACGCAUAGCAUGUCGUCAAAACAUCACACCCUUGCCGUCCAUUGUCCUGGUCUGCUGGCUGUCCUGUUUAAGGCUCAUUUAAGCUUUGGCACGCAGCAAUUUUGAAGAGUGUCGCUUGACAGAAAUGACGUAUUUUCAACAGCACAUGGACAUGAACAGUGGACAAUUUUCUUAUUUCAUGGACAUCAUCAUAUUUUGAUGUGCAGUGUGAUUGAUAGUGUUACUUCUCCCGCCACGGAGACAGUAGACAGUAGUGGAUGGAGAAUUCUUUUCACUGUUUUCAUUAUAUUGUUAUAUAUUACAGAUUUAAUAAAUCUGUAUUAUUUAAAUGUCUUCGCAGUCUCCUACGGUCAUAUCUCGGUUGAAUUACAGUACACUGCCUUCAAGAUCUCUGGUGGUUUUGCUCCAUAUCAACUAUGGACAAAAAGAACGCAGAGUACUGACAGAAGAGGGUCACCAUUUACUUACAUCUCUGUAUCUAAUGUUGAGUGUGAAUGAGCCCUUUGUCCCCUGGAGUCAAGAGUGGCAGCUGUCUGACAUUCAUGCCACCAGAGGCAAAAGUAUGAAAUAUAAUACCCUGGGGGAUUACUCAGUGAGCCGAAACAUGGCUGUCAGAGCUGUCCAGACACAUGAAGGACUCAUUGUCACACAAAUGAUAGAUUACUCUUGCUCCACCUUUUCUGUAGGUCACGCUGUAGAGUGUCGAUGAGAAUUUACAGCCACCUCCUCCAUGGGUAAUUCCCAGCACACAUUACACUUUGAACUUUGAGGAGCGCCAAACCUCAGGUAUUUUGACCCCAUGUUGUCAAACAGUUUAAACCAACAAUGCAGUCAGACAAGUAUAAACACUAUAAAUAGAUAUUAGUUAACUAGGUUUCAACCAGAGUCAGUCUAUAAAGCUGUAAAUAUCUUCAGUUGUUUAACCUCAACUGAAAUCAGCCACCAUAUCAGCUACUGGUCAUAUCAGAUUCAGUCUAUAGUGACAAACACCUGAGCAGGGGGUUGUUUUAUUGCUAAUAAAACCAACUUAUAACAUGUUAGAGGAAGGCUGUGUUAGGUUUUUUUUUGUUUUUCUUUUGGUUUUUUUUCAGAAGUUAUAUGGUCUCACUUAAAAGCUUUUAGAACAUCACAUUAGUUUAAUAACUUGGCAUCACGUGAGCACCCAGAGCUGUUUCUGGAGCUGUUUUAUCUUAAACUGGGCUGAUUUCAUUAUCCUCGACUUACAGCACUCUCAAACACAUUCUGAUUGAGUACAAUCUGACCCCUAUAAUAAAAUAUCACUUUUAUUUUUCGGUCUACUUGUUUGACAUACAAAGAGUCAGCACAUCCUUUGCUGGCAUGGUGACGUACAGAUCUGAUCUGCUUGAUUUUGGCACUGGCCCACAUACGGGCUAGCCGUGACCGAUCCACAUUGAAAAUUGUUUCCACUAUCAGGUAUUAAUUUAUUCAGGCACAGCCAGCAGCCCACUCAGGCUUUAGUGCCAUAGCAUCUCAUGGCUUUCAUAAGUAUGGUGCUGUGUACAGAUUUUUAAUUGGGGAAGAAGAGAGAGGCAUUUACUCUACAGCGGUAGUUUAAGUAUCUGCAUCUAAAAACGGUUGGAUUGGCUCUAAUGAAUGCACAAGCUUACUAGUGUUUUUGCCAUUCUCGCUUAGAAUAAGUUUUUUGCAUUGAUCGCCUUUUUAAACAUCUAGAUUUUUUUCCUUCCUGCUGUGGCCCAGUCUCAGGCAUUGAUAAGAGAAAUUGAUAGUGUUGAAGCUAAAUAAUUCCUGAUUAGUUUGUCAUACAUGAAUGAAUAGGAUCAUUAAAUCCAUAAGAGCCUCAGCUUUCUAGUCAGACCCAUUUUAUGCAAUUCCAGGCCUGUCUAGGGUGUCCAGUAUUCAGAAAUAUUUAAAUACAAUAGGCGAAAAUAACACAUUUACACUGCAUCUAAAAAACUGCUAGCCUGGUGAGACAAUCCUGAUGAUGUGAGCUCAACAUUCUGUUUUGCUCUCUGUACUUGGCACCUCCUCAGACACUUUCAGUGGGCGGGAGUACUCGCCUUGAUGGACAAACUCUCUCAGCUAAUCAGCGUAAUGAAACAUCUUCAUCACCACCGAAACAAGUUGAUAAAUCAAGCUUUUGCCAAAUCCAGUCAGAAGGACAGAGAGAACAUCUUCUCUUGUUCUUGUGUAAUUGUUGUUAUUGACUCUAUUUCUGCAAUAACUUCACUUCUACUGGCGUUAGAGUUGCCACUUGUUGCCGUGGGAGCUGCCAUUGCUGUUCUGCAAGCAGCGGCCUGCAUUUUAUGUCAUCAACUACAAGUCUCUGAUUGGCUUCUUGCAUUGUAAACUACUGUGCAGAUCCCUGAUUGACCCUGAUUGGAUUUUAAUUUCUGGAAAGUGUUUGGGGCUGCAUCAAGUCCAGAUUGAUACAGAAAGUAAAACAGAAUGUUGCUCACGUCAUCAGGAUGGUCUCACCAGGCUAAAAAGCUGCAUUGUUUUUGCCCAAAUCUGUAAGGGAAGAGCAUAAAGUAGAUGUGUCUGGAAAGGGGAGAUUCAUGGGGAUCUAUAGAAUCCCUUUUGUAGACGGAUAUCAAAAAUUGAGACAUAAAGGAACCUCUGUGAAAAUGACCAUACCAGUUUUCCCCAGCCAAAUUUAGUCUAAUUUGGAGCAUUGUUUAACACCCCUCCUGGCAAACUAACGUGACCUGUUUACCCGCUACGGCCUCUGAAAGCCAGCACUGUCGGCGGAGUGGAUAAGGUUAACAGAAAACUUGACUGUCUUGUCUUUUUUUUAAGUUAAUUGAAGAAACAACACAUGAACUGUAUUUGGUGGUUAUUUUUCUUCAGCAGACACUCAUCUCCACAACACUAUUUGUUUCUCAUUACUUAAAACUAAGCAGACUUUUCAGUGAUGAAUAUACAGUCACUGCACUUCUCGGCAGUCAGGGUCUCAUCCAUCUUUUACCAAAAAACCCAAACAAUGUAAAAGGAACAGAGUCCACUGCUACCUCGAUGGGAAUGUUUUGCAUGAAGAACUGCUGAGACUUUAAAUUUCCUUGUUGGAUGGUUUUGAAAAUGCUGGAAAGUCUUCACAUGUUUUGUGCGGGUUGGAGCAGGCGCUCGGUGGCAACACUCUCUACUUGGAAACUGAAGUUGCUAUUUUCAGUUUUGGGCUUUACACUACUGUUUGCUUUCCAACUUCUUUUCUAUAUCUGUGUUUUUCUGUCUGCACCAUCUUUUCCUCUUCUCCUCUCCUGACUUGGAUCCAGCCAUCUGUGUGAUUCGUUUUUUAGGUUACGCUUCAUCAGACUUGAGGCUCCAGAUGGUCGGGCUUCACCACAUAUGACCGUGCAGUCCAAAACAGUCCAUACCAGGACAAGUCUAUUUAGUAGUUUUCAGUGAUUUCUGUGACUCAAACCGCUUUCUUAAUCUUUCUCUCCCUCUCACACACUCCAGCUCACAGCACACAUCCAAGAUGCUUCUUGUAGUCCAAUGAAUCCAGUUGAUCCUUUUCUCCUCUUCUCUGCCACCGGCUGCAUCUAAAAUCACACUCUACUGGGGGGGUAGGGGAUCGAUUCAGCAUAGUAUCACAAUAUUUUGUGUAGCAAUAUUGUAUCAAUACAUGGACGCCAAAUAUUGAUUUUUUUUUAAAUUAUAUAAAUGAUUAAUGUUGCAAAUACAAAUAACUUUGUUAGCCUACUAAAAACAUAGAAUUGAUUGUUUUUUAGUCCACUAGAUUCAAUUGGCGGCAGUAAAAAUGACUGAAGUGACAACUUUAUCUUUAAAAAUGUAUCUUAUCAGAUAAAACAGACGUUGACAAAUUUUACCGUUAUAACUUACAUAAUUUACAGUUGAAAAAAGGAAAUAAAACGCAUGAUAUCACAAUAUAUCAUGGCAAUGCUCAGCAUUGCAAAACAUGUAAAAUUGCAAUAUUGUUGUAUCGUGACCAAAGUAUGGUGAUAAUAUCGUACAGUGGUUCCCACCCCUAGUCCUUAUUCACAAAAACUUUGAGUGUCUGGAUUUUAAGGCUGCAACUUAAGGCCUUUGCACUCUGAGUCUGUUUUUUUUUUUGUGUGUGUGUGUGUGUGUGUUUUUGUAAUCAGCGGAAAAAAAAUUGCUACGCACAGAAAACUUGCACACUGACCUGAUGAGUUUAAUUGUUUUGCGGAAAUUCACAAUAUGUGACGAAAUUAAAAGACACAUUUCCUUUUUUGCCUCUCUUUACUUGAGCUACGUAUCUGGCUUCUACUCAUAAAUCCCUGUGCAAUCAUGUUAGCUAGGUAACACUAAAUCACUGUGCGGUACUGAUCCAUAAUAACGAGAUGAACUAGUCAGCUAACAGUUAUAUACUAUUGAAACAUAUUGGCCAGUCAGCUAUAUCACUAAUCCAAGUUUACAGACAUUGUUGUGAGUCACAAUAAAUUGUUAUGUAACUUUUUAAUCAAGAAACUCUGACACACCGCCCACCUCAGAAACAAACAUGAUGUAUACAGUAAAACUUCAAUUAAAAGCCUAGUCCUUAUUAAACAGCCAGUCCCUUUUACUAGCCUGGUUGGCUACACAUAUUGACAAAUAAAGAUCUGUCUCAAUUAGACGCCUGAUCUGUUUGCUAGCAGUUCAUUUUUAUAGUUCUUUGGAUGUAUAAAUCCAAAUUAUUAAACUACCCAUCAGAACUUAGGUAGUUUAGGUAGCUGUUAAGAUCGCACAUACAAAUAUAAAUGUUUAAACUUUUGUCAAUAAGGAGAUACUACACAUCUUUGCUCAGUUAGAUUUUCCACAAUUAAAUCAUUCGGUUCAUUUUACUGAAACCAUGAGCACCAGAGAAGACCGUAAUUUAUUCAGAUUUACCAACAUGACAAAAAUACAAGUGGUGACUCCCUUCCCCUGAUGAUAAAAGCAGAGUAUGUAUCAAUUCCUUAAUUACCCGUUAAGUUAUUCCUUUAGUCCGUAAGGGUCCACUGAUGAAAAGUAUCAAAAGGGUUUUUCAAAAAAAUUAAUCCAAGUCAUGAAUAUUGUUUUAACAGGAUAAAGUGGUGUUGUGUCAGUAUGCCAGGUGCCGUAAUCCUCUGCAAUGCCCUGUCUGUCGGAGCUAGAUCAAAUAAAUGAUUUAUAUUUCAUAUGAUUAUUCAAAGCCUGAUUUUUAUACAGGUAAUGUUCAUACUGGUUCAAAUAAGCAAUUUGAUUGUAUUUCUUAUUUUUGCUGAGCAACAGUUUUGUAAGAAAGGAAUGAAAGGCCUGUCCCAUAUACAUGCCUGGAACAAAUAUAGGCCUGUUAAUUUCAGUGAUUUAAGUAAAUAAUAGCCUAAGGAGUCCUUGGCCAGAAAAAUGCUGAAGACCCUUGCUCUACUUUGAAUAAAUACUGAAAUCCAAAUCAAGUACUUGAGUGUACUCAGGCCCAUCCCUAAUAAGCACCUUUUUGCUCAUCACUAGCCUCAGACACAAACAUGUUCAAAAUUUUAGAAUGUCACAAUUAUUUUCCUGUUGAUUGACUAAUUAACAAUCCCACAUAGCAAUACUCAUUAUCACAUUUGAUAGAUGCAUAAAUUACAGCCGUGCUACACUACUGCUCACUGCUCACCAUAGAAUAGGGAUGUAUGAUAUGUUAUUGGCCUAUGAAUGAGAAAAUGUACUUAGUUAUUUUUCUGAUGAUGUCAUUUAUAUGUGAUCUUGAGGAUUUUGGGGAUUACGAAUAUUUGUACCUCAUACAAGCUUUUCAGUAAGGAGAGAAAGACUGCUGUUCAUUAGAAUUAACAAGAAAAACUUUAGGGUUAUAUUGUUACACACAAGUUUACAAUAAUUCUAUCUACUGUUUACUCUUGGGUCUGUAAAGACUCUAAACAUAUUGCACAAUAUUGAAAAAAAGCCUGUUUUCCUCUCCAAAAGUAACAUUAUUUCAUAUCAGUGCAUUUCUACUACAGAGUUAACUAUUGAGAGUGUGCUAUAUCAGGGAAGUGAAUGAGUGACUGACAAAGUGAUUUCACACACAGUCACUGGAUCUCCAUUAAUCCUCAACUGGUUUCCUCAAGAGCAUCUCUACAUUAUCUUCUAUACAGAUCAUAAAGAGAGAACAGGAGUCAUUUUGAUGCCUUUAAAAGUUUAAAAAUUGCCAAAACUUUAGAGAAAUCUUGCAAUAAUGAUUGUGUCUUAGCUGUUAUUGAACAGAUUGUGAUGUAUUUGCUGUGGGGAGGAGAUAUGAUUGUGUGUAGAGGGAUGGGGACACAAAUCCUCAAAUCAAAAGGAAUUAAGGGCUGGAACAAAAAGAAGUUAGUAAACCUCUGAGUUCACCCUGAUGGGUGACAGAAAUGUUUGAACAAUAUUUAAUGAGUGUUUGGACUUGGCUGCACAAGAUAUUUCAGUUUGUCACUGGAUUAACUGUAAACGCCUUGAGUUAGGUCUGCCUCAUUAGAAGGGAGAUUUAUUGUGGAGGACGGGGAGCAAUAUACCAUCUGUUUGAAUCAUGUGUCAAUAAGGAGUAACUAAUUAAGUAAUAAUUAUAAAUUAUAUUAUAAGUUGUUUUCAGGAUGCUGUUUGCUACCUGAACUUUUAUGUUUUUGUAUCAUCUCAUGUUUAUAUCAUGUUUGAGAAUGUUUUUUCUAGAUGAAGUUUUUCUUCAGGCCCGUGUGGACUUUUAUUUGUUUUUAUUUCUCUCUACUCUUGACACUAUUUUGAUUAAUUUCAUUCUCUGACGAAAAAACGAGGAGAGAUUUUGAAGUAUAUGAACAAGUGUGUGGUUACUGUUUGUUAGAGGAAUGCUUUCUUGUGCUGCCAUCUUGUGGACAGUCUGGAACAGCAGCAGCUGUGCACUGAAACAUGUAUGUGUUGUAAACCAGUGAUGUAGGAGGAUUGAUGUGCAUUUUGCAACAUAAUUUAAACUAAUAUAAUAAAUUUGGGAGUGUUUACCUCUGCAGGUGAUGCUGAA